AUGUGCUUUCAGGGAGACCGUCCCGAAGCCCGCGAACGCGAAGUGGUGGUCAAGACGUUAGAAAUGGAGCACCAGACCAGAUGCCAGAGUGUCUAUCAGGGCAGACGAGCGCGUCUCAACAAAGCUGAAAUGGAAUUGCCAGAAGAUGGUCUGAUGCGACAGGUCGUGGAGGCGGGGGGAUUUUUGGUGCCCCAGAAAAACCGCUGGGCAAGCGAACGGAAACGUCCCAGACUCUCAGCGGUCAGGGACGACGGUCCUUGGAUAAUGGAUAUGCAGCCGAAACCCCAGCCAAACAGGUGA